GCAAAAGUUUAAUGGACGUAAAGUAGUGGAGAAUAGUUACCGUUUAAGUAAUUGUAUCAACUAUUUAAAACCUAAAGCUCGUGUACAAAUUUGGAUUGGAGAUUAAUAUAGUAGAUUGAGUUAAUUUACUUUGAUUUGCUUUUAUUAAACUUAACCGUAGGGGAAAAUUUGGAUUUUUUGAUGAAAAUCAGAUUAUUUUGCCCUGCAGAUGCAUUAAUGGCAGACUGCAGUUGAAAGUGAAUUCAUUCAAUGCACAGAUGCAAUGAUAUGAUUUGAUUGCUGCAGAAAUUAUCAUUAAUAAGACCCCUGAUAUUGUAGUACAUGUAGCUACAGAAAGUCUUUGUGUUGAUUUAGUUUUGGAUUUAUUCUGAGGUUGUAUGUGAUGUGUAACAAUGGGUAAUAAAUCGUCAAGUGCGAAAGAUCCGCAUUUUUCAAGCGAGUCGCGAGGGAGAAGCCGAUCUUUUAACGGACUUGCUUCAAGGUUCCGCAAGGCGAGCAGGAGUCCACCUCGUGACAGAAGUAGUUCCUUUGGAGAGACAACAAAGCCUCAGAGGAAGGGUAGCGGAAGAGGCAGUCAAAAUGGUGCUUUAAAAAGUAGUCAGAAUGGACAUGUUAUAAAACGUGGGCCAGACAUUCCAAUUGCAACCCUCACAAAAACAGGUGUUGAUAUUCCUACAAAUGAAAGGAAUAUUAAAAAUAAAAAUGAGGAGAGUUUAUCCAAGAUAUCGCAGUCGGCGCCUGGUGGUCGUCCAUUUCACUACAGGCAACCAUCUCCGACCAAACAUUUGACUCCCACCAAAGAGACCAGUUCUAAAACAUCGACACCUUCCAAAAUUUCAAGUGAAAACAGUGAUGGCACAAUUUCAAAAAGCACUCUCGGAACACCAGUUAAAGGAUUUAUCUAUAAUGAAGACGAUACGAUUAUAAAAAGUUCAAAUUUGAAAAAUUUGAAAAACAAGCAGUUAUCUGAUAAGCCGAAGUUGAUUGAGGAUUAUUCAGAAUCUCCCAGACUGUCUGUAUCACAGAUGAGGAAUGUUUCCCGGGAGUUAUUUUCAGAUCAGUUGGAGGAUUUGGCUAAAAGACGUGGAAUGGCAACAUUAAACCGUGAUUUGUCUUUGUCGAAUGCUAGUCUUGGAUUAUUAUCAAAUAGAUCAAAAUCUAUGCAUAGUUUAAGUUCUAAUGAUUGGGAUUAUGAAGAAAGAUGCAAAGUUGGGGAGCUACUUUCCUUUGAGGGCAGUAGUAAAGUGGGUGAAUUAUGUCGAAGUAUAACAUCACAGUUUUCAGGUGAUGAUCAUGACAGUGAUGAUAUGUUCUCACGGCCAAGAACAAAUUCUGCAUCAGCAGUUGAUCUUGGCCGCUAUGAAAGAAAGCAUGUUGCUAUGGGAGCAACAAGUGCAGAAAUACGUCGGAACUUGGCAUCACAGUAUGCCAUUGAUCCAAAGAAAUCUAGUCAAAAAAGUAAUUCAACAGACAAUGUUGGACCAGAUGUAAUAUCUGCACGGAGAAUGCUAGUUGCUAGGGCUUUAAAAGAUGGUGAUACCCCAGAAAAGGGAGAUGACUCUCCUCCGAUAGUGACACCACAGAAAAGAUCAUCUUCUCCAAAUAUUCUUGAAACUACUCGGUCUAUGUCACCUGGUGCAAUAAGUCAGGGACGUUCUGGCUCCCCGAUCUCAAACGGAAGUACAAGCCCUGCAUUAGGGCUGUAUCUUUCUCCUGAUAAAACAAGUAGAAGUUCAAGCCCUGCAUUAGGACAGCACCUAUCUCCAGAUAAGACGGGCAGAAGUUCAAGCCCCUCUACUGUGAACAGACUGGUUUCUGAGAAAGUCUUUCAGAAACAGGACUCGACAUCAGCCAGCAGUACCUUGCUACAAAAUGUUGAUAAAAGCCAGCUUCAAGCAGCGAAUAUGACUAAAUCUAUGCAAAAAUUCUUGCUAGACAAUCAAGGUGUUGGGACCAAUUCAACGGACUACGAAAAACUUCACAACAAGCUACAGAAGAAGAAGAAGAGACCAGGAAGUGGGAUAUUUGAUUUAGGAAUGCGGGAAAGAAGUAGCAGCUUCUCAAUUCUAUCGUCGAAACAAAAACAACAACAGUUUGUGGAACAGAUGAUCCAGGAACAAUUGACAAAACAGAAAGUUCAGGAACCGGUGCAGCCAGAGACCAAAAUUAUACACGUUCAGUCUAAGUCAUAUGACAGUACUCCUGUUUCAACAGGUGGAGACUCUGGAUUCCGAAGUCGUAGUCAAAGCUGGUCAUCGUUAUCACGUAAAAGUGUUUACGAGUCUGAACAACAUAUAAAUAGUGUAACUAACCCGACUGUGAAUAAUUUAUGGAGUUACAGUGAAAUGUCUCUAGCGGAACUUCCAGUUGAUCUCACGUCUCAGCCACAACGGUUCAUCUCCAUUAUAGAGGAUGAUGGGCCUGAACCAGAAAAUUUGAACUUCUCCAAAGAUUUAGAUGCCAUACAGAACUUGGGCAUGGAUGGCCCGAUGGGCCCAGGGACCUUGAACUCGGCCCAGAGUCAACAGUUACUGUCCCAGCAAGAGAUAUGCCCGACCUGCCACCUACCUUUUGAUAAGGGCAAGAAGAGAAAAUUGAUAGACACAUGCGGACAUGAAAGAUGCUGGUCUUGUAUGUUCAGUAGCAAGGAGGACUGUCCCCUGUGUAACAACAAUGUUCUUCAGCGGCAGCACAGUACGGGUAACUUGCGUCACAGUGCAGAUUUAGGUCACAGACCCAAAGUGAAGACCAAUGGUCACUUCACAACAUUCAUGCAGACACGGACUGACACACCCGACAACUUGCCACACUACCAAGUGCCACAGAGAACAGGUUCCAGAAUGCAGCAGAACCAGGCACCAGCCCCAGUGGUUCCCUCGAAACCUAAACUGGCUACAUCAGCUUAUCCGCAACAAAGUCUACCUCCAUCUCUGAAGAACUACACUCCGCAACAACAACACAGUGGCCAGUAUAACAGACAACAACAACAGCAGCAUCAUGGGGAUCCUUACUACAGUAGUGAUUCUGCCCUUGGUUCACCAGAUUUCAGCAGUAACGCCAGUGGUGGUGUCGCAGGUCAUAGCCAAGAUUUAGACGAUCUACCUGGUCAUACUGAUGUUAACAGUGCUGGACAAGUUGGUAAAAGCAGUCCACCCCCACCACCUCCUGAUGUUGCCCAUGGUGACCUUAUGAUGAGGUUAGGAUUGUUGCUAGGUGACAAGUCCUCCAAUCAGGUGCCAGAGCCAAUGUCACAUGGUCACAGAGCAGCCAAUCAUAUACGAGAUGAGUCUUACACUACUGUAUCCUCACUAGGGACCAGUGGGGAUGGUACCCCAGAUAGAGGGAUUUCCGAUACUAGUCCAAUGUCUACAUUAACAGCAUCGUCAGGAAGUGACCGAGGCCACAGCAGUCUACACCCGGCUUAUGGUGUUCCCCACCACAGUCGAGACCCCAGUACAGACAGCCUUGGGUCCAUGAUAAGUACAAGUACAGGACACAGUAUAAGUCCACAUGCCACGGAAACUAGACCCCAUUCAAUAACAACAUCCACACCUGGUGCUAUAGAAGAUCUGAACCUGUUUGGCAGGAAGUCUAAACUUCGGCGAUCUGCAAGAGCUACAAUAGGAUAUUCAGAUGAUUCUAGAUUACGUAUAACACCAAUUAGACCUCCUCAGCUCCAUUUGAACCCUAUUAAUUUUGAGAUACCUCACGCAGAAGGUACGGCGAUGUUCAUUGGACGAGAGUGGAUCUUCAAAGACGUUGAUCUGUCAUUGAAUGGAGAACAUACAAGCUCUGACCAGCCUUCCGGAGUGAUUAUUGCUGGCGGUAUUGGUAGUGGGAAAACUGCCAUUAUAGAACAGUUGGUGGCACACAGUUGUUUUGGUGAUGGCAAAACAGGUCUUGUCCAAGCCCCCACUGACAGAAAAGGUGAUAGACUACUGAAUGGUGGUAUGAAUUAUAGUCCAACAUCAACACUAAAUAAACAACAGAAUCUGAGUGGUUCAAAUAAUAGUCUGAACUAUGAUGCAUUGCGAACACUUGGGUCACAAGUUGUGGCAUAUCAUUAUUGCCAAGCAGACGUAAAUGUGACCUGCAUGGUGCCAGAGUUUGUUCACAGUGUUGCAGCGUUCCUCGCGCAUGCUCCACAAUUGUACGCAUACCGAGAACUUUUACUACAGGACCCGCAGUUACAGCAUGUGUUGAGUUUGAAACAGUGCGUGCAGGACCCGUCUAACUCAUUCAUUAAGGGUGUUUUAGAACCUCUUGAACAGUUAACACAGAGCGGUAAAAUGGACACCGAUACGUGUUUGUUUGUUGUGGAUGGAUUAAAUGAAGCAGAAUUUCAUAAACCUGACUAUGGAGAUACUAUCGCUUCGUUUAUUGUACGCCAUAUUGAUAAAUUUCCAAGAUGGCUGAAAUUAGUGCUUAGUGUACAUACAAAUAUGAUCGAGAUUACAAAUUCAUUGCCGUUUCCAAGGAUUUACAUUGACAAAGUAGAAGGCAAUGAAAUGCUGGUGAGAGAUCUGCAAGAAUAUGUGAUUCAUCGAGUGCAAUCAUGCGUGCAAAUUAAACGCAAUAUGGCUCUGAAAACAUUGGAUGCAUCUACGCAAGUAAAAUUCGCUUCGUAUGUUCAGGGUCUUAGUCACGGGUCUUUCUUAUUUUGCAAACAAACGUUAGAUUUAAUAGAACAUGGACAAGUAGUGCUAAAAAGUUCAAAUUAUAAGAUUUUACCGGUGACUUUAUCAGAAGUGUUUCUCUUACAAUUUAACAUAAAAUUUCCAAGUGUGAGAUCUUUCGAAAAAAUUUCACCAAUUCUUGGCAUAUGCCUGGCUUCCCUUUAUCCAUUGACUUUAGAACAAAUAUUCCAGGCUUUAAAUUCAGGAUUUACAGACAGAUAUGUAUCAUGGGAAGAUUUUCAACAAAGAUUAGGGUUAUUGUCGGGUCUCUUGUACCAAAGACGUGACGGUACUUUUGUGUUCUUCCAUCCUGCUUUCCGAGAUUGGCUUAUACGACGAGAGGAUGCAGAUAACAGUACAAAGUUUCUCUGUGAUUUAAGGCAUGGACACGCCCUUCUUGCAUUCCACUUAUCUCGCGUUGUGGCCCCGCUGAACUCUGAGAAAACUAUAGAACUUGGCCACCACAUUCUAAAGGCUCAUAUAUACAAGAACAUCAGUAAGCAGCGAGGGUACUCUUCACGUGAUAUGCAGGCAUUCUGGGUCGCUCUCAGCGCAGACAACCUUAGUGCAGCUCUAGUCUCAUUGCGUAAUCUGUACUCUCCAAAUGUGAAGGUCAGUCGACUGAUACUCCUCUCAGGUGCCAACCCCAAUACGAGAACCGUUUACGAGGAUAAUUCUCCAAUACUUUGUAUUGCUGCCAAGGAAGGUCUCACAGACAUGGUGUCUCUGCUCCUCGAGUUUAACUCCAAUGUUGAUGCUGUAUCCGACACUGGAAUGUCGGCGCUAUGUUACGCUGCAGCUAACGGACAUGCAGAUAUUCUCAAGAUGCUGUAUCUGAGGCAUGCAAGGAUAAAUCAUGUGGACAACAGUGGUCAGUGUGCAUGUAUCCAUGCUGCUGUAAACGGCCACCUGGACACACUGGUUUAUUUACUGCAAUGUGAUUGGUCAGUGUACGAGGGUCAGGUGACCAAGGUUGAAGCGAUGCAGCAGUCGUUCAUUGUAGCUGCUGCAAUGGGACACAAAGGGAUCUCUGAAUACCUACUUCACUGUAACAGGAAUAUACGUGAAGGUUUUGGUCUUGAUGUGGUUGACACCUUGUUAGGAGAAACACCGCUUACGGCGGCAUGUUUGAAUGGACGUAAAGAGAUUGUGAUGUGGUUGUUGGAUCGAGGAGCCAGUCCAGAAACAACCAAUCUGAAGUCAUUUAGCCCUUUACUGUGUGCAGUUGAGGCUGGAAAGUGGGAACUUGUCGAUCUUCUGCUGUCUUUAGGUUCUUCCAUUGAGCAGACAGAUAAACAUGGUCGUACUCCGUUAAUGAUUGCAGCAUACAAAGGGCAUAUUGGGGUCUUAGAGAUGCUAUUGUCAAGAGGAGCUUCAAUCCACAAGACAGACAAGGAGGGCUUGACUGCACUAUGCUGGGGUUGCUUGAAAGGUCACCUACAUAUUAUACAGUCAUUGCUGGAUCGGGGUUCACAUCUUCAUCAUGCAGAUAGAUGUGGUAGAAGUCCAUUACAGCUGGCUGCCUUCCACGGAGAUGCACAAGUGGUUCAGUAUUUGAUAGAUCAAGGUGCCCAGAUUGAGCAUGCUGAUCUGAACGGGAUGCGAGCAUUAGACCGUGCCAUCGAUCGCAGAAAUACAGCUGUUGUUGUAUGUUUCUUGCGUAAAGGAGCAAAACUGGGUCAGAUGACGUGGGCUGUUGCUGCGGGAAAGGCAGAUGUCAUGUUGCUGCUCCUCAACAAGUUGAUGGAAGAUGGAAAUGUCUUGUAUAGGAAAAAUCGCACAAAAGAGGCAGCUCAGCGUUACCAGUAUGCCUUGAAGAAAUUUCCUCAGGAGGAUUUCGGUGAUGAUUACAAGACAUUUAAGGAAGUGAAGUUGAACUUGAUGCUGAAUCUAUCUCGAUGCAAGAGAAAAAUGAAUGACUGUGAGGGUGCAAUAGAACUGGCCACCAAGGCACUGGAAUUAAAACCAAAAUGUUUUGAGGCUUACUAUGCUCGUGCCAGGGCAAAGAGGGAUCACAGAAUGUAUGCAUCUGCAAUGGAUGAUUUGAAGGAAGCCCUGAAACUGGCACCAACCAAUCGGGAACUGCAGAGACUUCUAGUUCGUGUGCGUGAUGAGUGUAUGGAACAGGCAAGGGGUGAAGGUGCACAAGAUUCUGAUGAAAACAGAAGAUCCAAUGAGACAGCUCUGUAAAGGAACUUGAGGCUGAUAUCUUAUUAGAAUAUCCAGAAGAACAAUUUAAGUUUGUGUUGAAUAGCAGUUGAUCACACAUUUAAAGCGUAUGAAAGAAAGCAACUGGUUUUCUUUAAUUCUAGUUACUGCAUAUCUAACAUCUGCAAAUGCAGACUAAAAGCAAACUGAAAAUGUAACUCUAAGCAUAACUGUUGACUGUGCAGAUAUGAAAGCUAACUUAGAAUGAGUGUUGUUACAUGUUUGUUUGCAGCAUCUUUCUUGAAUAGGCUAUUUGCUUCAAGGCAGCUUUGCUACUUUUUGUAAGUCUUUAGAUGUGCAAUAAGACAUUUUUUCAUCCCUUCAAAGCAUGACCUUGAACUUCCAAGAUUUUCCCCUUUAUUGAUAUGCUAGAUACACCAUUGUUCUCCUGCAAUUUAGCUGUUACAAAAUUUUAGUUUUUCAUUGUUGCUGUGAAAACAAAAACAUGGAUAAGACUUUUAUUUGUGGCAGUCUGAUUUUCAUGUACCAAAUUUUUUAGCUCACCUGUCACAAAGUGACAAGGUGAGCUUUUGUGAUCGCGCGGUGUCGGUCGUCCGUCCGUGCGUGCGUGCGUCCGUAAACUUUUGCUUGUGACCACUCUAGAGGUCACAUUUUUCAUUGGAUCUUUAUGAAAGUUGGUCAGAAUGUUCAUCUUGAUGAUAUCUAGGUCAAGUUGGAAACUGGGUCACGUGUCUUCAAAAACUAGGUCAGUAGGUCUAAAAAUAGAAAAACCUUGUGACCUCUCUAGAGGCUAUAUAUUUCACAAGAUCUUCAUGAAAAUUGGUCAGAAUGUUCACCUUGAUGAUAUCUAGGUCAAGUUUGAAACUGGGUCACUUGCCAUCAAAAACUAGGUCAGUAGGUCUAAAAAUAGAAAAACCUUGUGACCUCUCUAGAGGCCAUAUAUUUCACAAGAUCUUAAUGAAAAUUGGUCAGAACAUUCACCUUGAUGAUAUCUAGGUCAAGUUCGAAACUGGGUCACGUGCCGACAAAAACUAGGUCAGUAGGUCAAAUAAUAGAAAAACCUUGUGACCUCUCUAAAGGCCAUAUUUUUCAUGGGAUCUGUAUGAAAGUUGGUCUGAAUGUUCAUCUUGAUGUUAUCUAGGUCAAGUUCGAAACUGGGUCACGUGCGGUCAAAAACUAGGUCAGUAGGUCUAAAAAUAGAAAAACCUUGUGACCUCUCUAGAGGCCAUAUAUUUCAUGAGAUCUUCACAAAAAUUGGUCAGAAUGUUCACCUUGAUGAUAUCUAGGUCAAGUUCGAAAGUGGGUCAUGUGCCUUCAAAAACUAGGUCAGUAGGUCAAAUAAUAGAAAAACCUUGUGACCUCUCUAGAGGCCAUAUUUUUCAUGGGAUCUGUAUGAAAGUUGGUCUGAAUGUUCAUCUUGAUGAUAUCAAGGUCAAGUUCGAAAGUGGAUCACGUGCCAUCAAAAACUAGGUCAGUAGGUCAAAUAAUAGAAAAACCUUGUGACCACUCUAAAGGCCAUAUUUUUCAUGGGAUCUGUAUGAAAAUUGGUCUGAAUGUUCAUCUUGUUGAUAUCUAGGUCAAGUUAGAAAUAGGGUCAUGUGCGGACAAAAACUAGGUCAGCAGGUCUAAAAAUAGAAAAACCUUGUGACCUCUCUAGAGGCCAUACUUGUGAAUGAAUCUCCAUUAAAAUUGGUCAGAAUGUUCACCUUGAUGAUAUCUAGGUCAGGUUUGAAACUGGGUCACAUGCCUUAAAAAACUAGGUCAGUAGGUCAAAUAAUAAAAAAACCUUGUGACCUCUCUAGAGGCCAUACUUUUCAUGGGAUCUGUAUGAAAGUUGGUCUGAAUGUUCAUGAUGAUAUCUAGGUCAAGUUUGAAACUGGGUCAGCUGCGGUCAAAAACUAGGUCAGUAGGUCUAAAAUUAUUAAAAUCUUUUGACCACUCUAGCGGCCAUAUUUUUCAAUGGAUCUUCAUAAAAAUUGAUCUGAAUGUUCACCUUGAUGAUAUCUAGGUCAGUUUCGAAACUGGUUCACAUGCGGUCAAAAACUAGGCCAGUAGGUAUAAAAAUAGAAAAACCUUUUGACCUCUCUAGAGGCCAUAUUUUUCAUGAGAUCUUCAUGAGAAUUAGUGAGAAUGUUCACCUUGAUGAUAUCUAGGUAAAGUUCAAAACAGGGUCACAUUUCUUUGAAAACUAGGUCAAUAGGUCAAAUAAUAGAAAAACCUUGUCACCUUUGUAGAGACCAUAUUUUUCAAUGGAUCUUCAUGAAAAUUGGUCAAAAUUUUCAUCUUGAUAAUAUCUAGGUCAAGUUCAAAACUGGGUCACAUGAGCUCAAAAACUAGGUCACUAUGUCAUAUAAUGACGUCGUACUCAAAACUGGGUCAUGUGGGAAGAGGUGAGCAAUUCAGGACCAUCAUGGUCCUCUUGUUAAGGUAAGUCAUCAAGACUGCAAAAGGGAAACUUUAACGGCACACAAGUUUAAAUUGAACUAUAGUCACAAAUAUUUAUCGGCAUGAGGAUACAACUUUUCGAAUCCUUAGACAUCCAAUCAUGCUUUUCGGAAUUUGUAAAAUAUGCUUUUCUGUGUUUUUUUUUUUUUUUGCUUGAACUACGGUAUUCCCAUAACUUAAACUGCUUAUUUUUAGUCUGCCAUAAAUUACUUUUUUGCUUCUGAAUUUUUUUUAUUUGAAGCUUUUGUAUGGUACUAGUUUUUAGAAUUGCAAAGAGAAGCUUAUUCCACAUUUCCAAAUAUUGACUACAAGGAACAAACAUUUUUAAUUGCAGCUAAAAUUAGAAUUAUUCUUUUCAGAGUAAUUUAUCAUUAUUACAUAUUACAAAGUAAUUUAUCAUGAUUACAUCUGAAGAGCAGUUUAUCAUGUUUACAUUUUCAAGGGUAGUUUUUCACAUUUACAUCAUACUAGAGUAAUUUGUCAGGAUUACACCUUUCUUAAAGUUUUCAUGAAAUCAGACACAUCAGUUCAUUAUAUAGAUAUUAAGCAUUCAUGUAUUUGUUGCAAUUUAUUCUAGUAUAUGACUAAAUGAGAAAUUGAUGCACUAAUAGAGAUAGUUCAUAGAAUGUAUUUCCUUGACCAGAUGUGCUUAAUUAUGGUGCAAAGUGUCCAUUUUUUUGUAAAUAUAUACAUAAGUUGUAAAUUCCAUUGUGUACAAAGACAUAGACAUUAUCAUUCUUGUAAAUAAUCAUUUUAUAUAUUUUUACAUAUUAUAUAAGGCUUUUAUCUGACAGAUUUGGUAGUAAAUGGUUCAUUGCUAUUAAACAUGUUUUAAGUGUAUAUAGUGCUAUUGAAAGUGACGUUUCUUUUUAGUCAGUUUGUAACUUAAGGCUUUAUGAAAGUUAAUUUGUAACUGUCAAAAUUUUUGGUCCCAUAAUUCUUAUGGCAGAUUAUUAACUUUUAAUUAAAAGCACACUGAUCACUAUAUAUAUAUUUUCAUUUAAAGCAUUGUUGAAUCUUGCAUACUAGUUGAAUACAGAAAGAGAAGUAACAGUUCUUUCCAUGUUACUUGAAAAUGUAAGAAUUCAGUAAUUGCAACAUGUGAGAAAACAAAUGUUUUUUGUAGGAAAUUGUUGGAUAUAUAUUUUUCGACACCGUGAGUGAUACGGGAACUGAUUAACUAGUAUGAAAUCAAUUUUUUAUCCAGAUAGUCUGUCGUUUUUUAGAUUGACAAAAUAAAGUAAGUUAUGAUAGCUUGUAUAUAUUACAGUUGUAUGUUUUUAAAGGUAAAGUUUCUAAUGUCAGUGACUGUAUAGGGUUGUGAAGAAAAGCAUUACAAAUUCAAGUAAAUAACACAGUUAUUUCAAAAAGUGAAAAAAUAAAUUUCUAAAAACAUUAAA